CCGGCGCAGACCAACAACCAGACCAGACAUCAUCAAGACCCAAAACAACCCCCACCUGAGCAAGAUGGCCAGGAUGAACCUAGGAGCAAUGCGCUGACACAACGCGGUGAGGUUAAAGCUGAUCCCCAACGAGGAGGCUGCCGAGGACAGAGCCGCCAAUCACAGAGGAGCAGAAAUAGCAACAACAACUGCCAGACCAGAAACCAUGUCCCGCCUGGAAUUCAGCAGGACAGUUCUCCAGAGAGCUAUGGGCUUUGUGCCGUCUGACCUGAAUUGCCUGGUGAAACCCCCAGGGCCACAUGAAUCAUUUGAAGCCCGUUUCAAGACCCCCCAGUCACUAGAACAGUUUUGGUAAAAAUUCAGAAAUGGCAAGGAUUCAGCCCCGUUUAACAGAAUCAGAGCAUACCCCCUUUCCAACACAGAAUCCAAGUUAUACAGUACAGCUUCACAAUGAAUGCAUCCAGGACUAUGACACGCAAGUUUGGUUAAGCAGGUUCGCCACCAUCAAGUCAGUGGCUAGGAGGGUCCUGGACUGGGGCACGAAAAUGGCUGGUCCAGUUAAGACCAGACCCAACCAAAGUGGGCAGAGUCCAACACCUCCCCAGCACCAUCACGCUGGGGAACAACAGAGGCUCCGUCCACUACUACGGCAAGCCCAAACUGUACAGGAACUGGGCCAUCUGGGCUCCCGAGUGGCGCAGCGGACUAAGGCACUGCAUCUCAGUGCUUGAGGCGUCACUACAGACCCCCUGGUUCGAUUCCAGGCUGUAUCACAACCGGCCGUGAUUGGGAGUCCCGUAGGGCGGCGCACAAUUGGCCCAGCGUCGUCCGGGUUUGGCCGGUGUAGGCCAUCAUUGUAAAUAAGAAUUUGUUCUUAACUGACUUGCCUAGUUAAAUAAAGGUAAAAUAAAAAAUAAAAAACAUCUGGCCGCAGUCUGCACAGCCAUCAUCUGCAAGAUCUUUAAAGACAACCAUCCCACCUCAGACUGUACCUCCACACGCCACUGCAACCUGUGCGGGAAAGGCGGCCACCUACUUCAGAACCUGUCCCAGCUCCUAUGCCGGCAGGGCAAGGGCCAACACCAUCAACCCUAACCCAAAUCCCAACCCCACCAACCCCCUCCACCAGACAACAACGAAGACCCAGAACCAGUCCCAGACCUUUCCACAGGCAAGGCCUAACCCACCAUCCAAGAUGUCCCAGAAACGGCCCCCACCCGUCACCACCGAAGACGUUCCAGAAACAGCCCCCCUCCCCCCAACAAAUCCUUUCCUAGCCACCUCCACCCCCAUCAAACCCCUGGUCAAACUGGACAAAAAUUACCAAAUGGAAAAGACAGACAGACCAGACCCAGCACCCUCAAUUCUAUCACCAAGUCAGUACAGGGGGCCACCAGGCAAUCAGUGGGGAGGCACGCCAAGACCUGUGAACAGCCAAGAACCACCCAACAACACAAAAGACCCGCUAGAGGCCCUCAUCCACCUCUGCAACGAAAUGAUCAAACACAGACCUGGAUCAGACCAAAGAUCACACAUUCACCCGGAGCGAGUAGGCCACAGGAAAGUACCACCAUUGACCUCUGUAUCUAGGACUCCCUUGUGUGUCUGCUUGCUCCUCAGGUUGUCCUUCCUCCUCUCUACAGACCCAGAUCCUGACCCAGCACCUGCAGCAGCCCCAGUUCCCGGCUCCAGGUUCCUGUUUCUUUCCUCCAGUCCCAGCACCAGACCCAGCACCAACACCUGGUUUCCAGUCCUGGUCCCAGUACCAGCACGACUUCCAGUCCCAGCCCCAACACCAACAACAACCCUGGACACAGCACCAACCAACCACAACUGCCACCUACAUCCAGCAACUGCCAGCCCAGCCCAGACCGACCCCCUUCCCCUCACCCAACACAAAGACACAGACACAU